CCCCCGCAAGCCCUUCACUCAGCGGGACACACACACCCUCUCCGGGAGCUGACACAACAUGGCAGGCUCACAGGCCCAGUGGGACCAACAGAGCCGGGGUCAGUGCACCCACAGGGGCAGCCCCUUGGACACGCGCACACCCUGGCAGGAAUGUGCAGGGACACCCCCUCCUCCACUCAGGCCCCGGGCAAGAAAGGGCCAAGCCAUUGGGGGCAGAAUACUUCAAUGACCAACCAGAGCAGAAGCAGAACAGGGAGCUUGGUAUUUUGUCCCCAUGGGCCCAGGUGUCUGCGUACUUGGGUGUAAAUGCAGAAGCCUUGGCCCGGGCCUCUGGGGACAGCACCAACAAAAUACCCGGUGGAAGCACACAGGGAAGAAGCAUUCCUGAAACCCUAGAGGGAGAAUCCCAGAGACUCCUCCCUGGUGUAGGAAAACUCAGAACUCAGGAGCCAGAGAAGCCAGAACUUGGGAGCUUGUUUCUUUGAAAUCUUUCUGCAACAGGGCAACACAUAAAUAAACAAAUUAAUUAAAAAAUCCAGGAAGUCUCAUCGCAGAGCUAGUUGUAAAGAGAAAAAAAUAAUAAUAAUAAAGAACCUACACUUGGGAGUCACGGGGACAUAGAUAUAAAACAAGUAGAGUUGGAAACAAUGAGAAAAUAGGUCUGUCCCCACCUGAGGGAGGUGCCGGGGAAGGGCCCCCCACCUCCCCACCUGGGGGAGGUUCCAGGGAGGAGCCCCACCCCCUCUCCAACAGGUCACAAUGGCUGGAGCUCUGAAGGGCCCAGGCCCCUGGAGCCAGGAGGAGAGGAGGGGAUCCCAGGAGAGAUGGCUGGCAGUCACCCCUACUUCAACCUGCCCGACUUCACCCAGCCGUCGCCACCCUCCACUCCGUCCAGCCUCCCCUCAAACCAGCGCAUCCGGCCCUCUGAUACCACCAAGGGCCUGCUUGUGGCCUUGCUGGGUGGGGGCCUGCCCGCCGGCUUCGUGGGCCCCUUCUCCCGUAUGGCUUACCAGACUUCCCACUUGCCCUCGCUGGAGCUGCUCAUCUGUCGAUGCCUCUUCCAUCUCCCCAUCGGCCUGCUACUCAAACUGCGCGGCGACCCACUGUUGGGGCCUCCCGAUGUCCGGGGCCGGGCCUGCCUCCACGCCCUGCUCAAUGUCCUCAGCAUCGGCUGCGCUUACAGUGCAGUUCAGGCGGUGCCCGCGGGCAUCGCUGCCACCGUCCGCAAAGGUUCUUCUACCAUCUGCUCUGCUCUCCUCGCCCUCUGCCUGGAGAGCCAGGGUCUCAGCAGCUAUGACUGGUGUGGCCUGUUGGGCAGCAUCCUGGGACUGAUCAUCAUUGUGGGACCCGGGCUGGGGACACUGCAGGAAGGGACCACGGGCAUCUACACCGCCCUGGGCUACGUGCUGGCUUUCCUGGGUGGCAUGGCCCUGUCCCUGGGGCUUUUGGUGUAUCGUUCCCUGGACUUCCCCUCCUGCCUACCGACAGUGGCCUUCCUGUUUGGCUUGGUGGGGCUGGUGACCUCUGUGCCGGGGCUUUUUGUGCUGCAGACCCCCGUGCUGCCCAAGGACCCUCUGAGUUGGAGCUGCGUGGUGGCAGUGGGGAUCCUCGCCCUGGUCUCCUUUGUGUGUGUGAGCUAUGCGGUCACCAAGGCCCACCCGGCCUUGGUGUGUGCUGUCCUGCACUCGGAGGUAGUGGUGGCCCUGAUGCUGCAGUACUACGUGCUCUAUGAGACUGUGGCACCUUCUGACAUCAUGGGGGCAGGGGUCGUAUUAGGCAGCAUUGCCAUCAUCACCGCCCAGAACCUCAGCUGUGAAAGGGAGGGCCAGGUAAAGAAGUGAGAUCGUACUGGAGAGCUUGGGGGUUGGGAGGGCAGGGGUAAAUAGGAGAGACUGCAGUUCCCACAUGGGAGAACAAGAGACUGAAAAAGAACUGAUGUGGAAGAGGGACACCGCUGAGAGUCAAGGGGUGACUUGGGGACUUGAUGGAGAGGGAAUACCUAGGGGACCAAGCCUUAAGGGGCAAGGGUCUGAGGAGCAGGUCAAAAGGGCUGAGGUUUUGUGGGGCAAGGCAGAGCAGGAUGUGGGUCAUGGGGAAGAUGCCCCUCAGCAACAGAGGAGUGUCUGAGCAU